CGCCCCUCCACCAUGACAUGCUCCGGAUGCGGCGCCGCCAAGCGCCCCGAUGGCAAAUCCCUGCUACGAUGCGGCAAGUGCAAGACCACGCAGUACUGCUCCAAGGAGUGUCAGGUGAACAUGUGGCCCACGCACAAGGCCGAAUGCCUCCAGCAGACGUCGAAAAAAGCACUUGACGAGGCCAAGAAGCGCCCCGACGAGGGCGCCCUACGACAGCGCCGAUCCAUUCAACAGAACUCGGGUUCGGGCAUGAACGCCCUUUUCGAACGACUUCAGCAGCAGUUCGACGCCAGGGAUAAGGCGAUCCGCGACUUCGUGCACCCGGCAAGAGCGGCUUCCGCGCGAGCCGGCCUUGUUCACAACGACUUCGUCGACCUGGAGGCUGCAAUGCGGGGCGAGCAAUUUCCCGGCCCGCUCGCGGCGGAGGACGCGGAACACAGCGGGUUCUGGGUGUACUGGCCGGAUGAUUGGGCGAAAACGCCGGGUGCCAUGGCGGAGUGGUGUCUGGAGGAGUUCAACGAGUUCGGCGCCUUCCAUUCGGAAGAGGAGAUCGAGAAGGAAUUCUUCGGCGGGGACGGAGAGGAGUGGAAUCUCAUCGACGGACCGGGCUGGCCGGGGAUAUACACCGACAGGCGCUCGCACGGCAUCCACCUGGCACCGGAUAAGUACGUCACCAGGUGCGACACGUGGGAGGAGGCGUGGAAGCUGUGGCACCGCACGGGCGGCGCGAGCGGACGCCGAUGGUUCACGUGCUUCAGGACGCCCAUACCGCGCAGCAUCACCAAAGCGCAGUUUGCGGCUAUUGUGAACUGGUACGUGUGCUCGACGCCGAUGGGCGAGGCGAUGCGGGGCAGGCACGGGCUGGGAGCGAUCGGGAUACACGUCGAACUGCAAUACGCGAACCGUCGGUGGGGGUACGUUAACAUGGCGUCCGCGAACCACCGGGGACCGGCGUGCAACGACGUGGUCUCGAACCUCGACUGCGAUCAGGUCCCCAAAGCGGGAGACGGCCGGAAUUGGCACGUCAAGGUCGACGACUUCACCCUCGCGUUCCAGGAGUGGUCCCCGGAGAAUCCAAAGACGGCGGCCCGGCAGAAAAGGCUGAGGACAAAGGUACCGGCAGGCGCGAAACCGGCGCAAACCACCGACCCGACGACUCGCCCGUUUUCAAAGUACCUGAUGAAGAGCGAAGCGCUCUUCCCGGCGGAGGGCAAGGAAUGGGCGUGUGUCGACGGCGAGACGAUCGAUUCGGUCCUCGCGAGCGGGCAGUUGCCCGGCGCGGUCAAGGCGAAGUUCGCGCGGUGGGAGACGGUGGAGCCCGGGGCGGAUUACGACGAGAGAGGGCAGCGCAUCCAGCGCGGCGGCUUCACCGCCGGAGGGGAGUCGUGGGGAGCUCCCCCACCCUGGGAAUAAUCUUAAGUUAGCGAGUCAUGUCAACACACGUUUGGGGUUACCGUCGG